ACUAAAUAUAGUAUAAAUCUGUGGGUGAAAAUGACUAGGGUCAUGCAGGCUAAACAAUGAGUCCUAUCCGUAUUCACCCAACUGAAAAUCAUUCUUCAAUUUAUUUGUUUAUUUAUUUUAAUUACCAAAUCAAAAUACUUUUUUAUUUAUUUAUCUUUAUCUAACCAACAAUUUUAUGUUUUAUUUUUUAUGAAAAAGUAGUUCUAUUUUCAUUUUGACUACAAUACAUAAGCUGCCAGUUGGUCGAAUUUGUGAAAUAGCAACACAGUUUCCUCAUUAGCACUUGUCGCCAUUGACGAAGCAUCAUCAGACUACACCGGAGCUCCAUCAGCUUUACCAAAUUGCAACUGAAGGUUGUAUUCCAGGAAAAUCAUGGCGGGGGUAGACCGACUCAGUGAUUUGCCAGAGCCAAUUCUAAUUCACAUCCUCUCUAUGUUGCCCCACGCAAAACAAGUUGUACAAACCUGCAUAUUAUCUAAACAAUGGAGAUUUCUUUGGAAGUCCGUUCCAGUAUCACUCGAUUUCGAGUUCUCCGACAGUGACAACGUAAAGGACACCCUUGAUUUCAUGGCUUCUACAAAUAGAGAGCUUAAUUAUUGGAGGUAUUGCGACAAAAUCCGAAAAUUCAGGGUCUGCCUCUUUAACUACAGGAACCAUUAUGUCAAAGAUGUUGAUUUAUGGAUACAUUUUGCAACCAAACUUGCUAAUGUUGAAAGUUUUGCUAUUGAAUUUCAGUGUGUCGAUGACACAUAUGAGUUUCCUCAGUUUGCAUUUAGGAAUGCGUCGUUGAGGAAUUUGGUUUUACGCCACCUUGAACUGAAUCCUUCUGGUAGUGUAAACUGGAGUAGUCUCGUUUCUCUUUCAAUUGGGCACCUGAAUUUGACGGAAAGUGUCAUAGAAAAGGUAUUAUCGGGCUGCCCCAACUUGGAGCGCUUGAAAUUACAUCAUUUUUGGGGCAUUUAUCGUUUGGAAAUCAGCAGUACCAAGCUGAGAAAAUUGAUCAUAAAAGACUACUACAAUUUGUAUGAUGACCUUUGGCUUGAAAUAUUAGCCCCCUUUAUUCAAACUUUGGAGCUUUUGGGGCAGUGCAGUGAUGUACGAGUGUCACGUAAAACUGUACCUUCACUUGUCACCGCAGUCCUCCAUUUAGAUCGUUUAAAUUUUUAUUUUGAUGAGGAAGACGACGAUGAAGUAGACCCCACCUUGGAGAAGCAGUAUAGCAAUAUGAAGGAACUUCUUCACAGUGUUGCCCAUGUCGAGAAUCUUCAAUUGAGUUCCUGGUGCAUCGAGUGCCUGUCCAUACUGGAAUUGAAAGGGUGGCAGCCUCCACCAUCGAGCCGGAAAUUCUUAAAACUUAAUGCAGCCUUGGAACAGCUGGACUUCCCUGGAAUUUGCAGCUUUCUACAGAGUUCAUCAUCUCUUAAGACAUUGGUCAUUGACUGGAAUGACCAUAAGCCGAGACACCUGUGGUCAACUUACACAAAUGAGGACGAACAUAACAGGAGAUUCGAGACACAUAAUUUUGACUGCUCUUUGCUACAUCUGAAGACCAUCAAAAUCGUUAACUUUGAUGGACCACUGUAUGGAAAUAAGUCUGUAAUGCCAUUUGUAAAAUAUUUGCUCAAGAAUGCAACAGUGUUAGAAAAGCUCAUCUUUGCUGCCAAAUACAAAGGGAGUGAUGAGCCUCAAGAUUAUGUUAAAAUGGCCCAGGAGUUCCAAUGCUUUCCAAGAUCCUCUCCGUACUCUUCAGUUGUCUUUUCUUAUUAAUAAGCUCUGGCCCCUAUAAUUUGAAUCAAUUGCAACAUACCUAACUGCUGUUACUUUAUGUUUGAAACUGGUUUUGUAACUGAUAGACGAAGUUAGAAUUGUACUUGCCCCGUGUCCAAGAAGUUGUUAGUAGUUCUUUAUGUCUAAGUAACAAGGUGUUUAUUUUGAUCUUAAUGUAAGCAAACUCGCUCUAAAUGUUUUGUGAUUUUCAUUGAUAUUGCUGAAUCCUAGUCAUGUUCUUAUAUUAUGAAAAUUUAAGGCUGAAAAUCAUUUUGCUAGAA